AUGUCUUUGGAAGGUUCUCCAACAGUACCAGGAAAGGUAAAGUUAUACUUUACCGUCUCUGUCCCAGGUGGAACAAAAUCCUAUGAAAAAUUAUUUGUAACCGGAUCUGCAACAGAUCUAGGUAUAUGGGAUCCAAAGAAAGCUCUUGAGUUAACGCCAUGCAGUGAAAAUAAUGAGGUAUGGAAGGGUACCAUUGCAACAAGUUUGAAAAAAGUUGAGUUCAGAUAUUUUAUUGGUUAUUAUUUGGAAAGAAGUUGUGAUCAUAAUAUUGAAGAAGAAAAAACUCUUGUUAUCAGUCAAUGGGAAACAUUUUUUAAACCUAGAGCUGUUAUGUUACAGGUUGAAUCAAAUUUGAGGAAUGGAGUUUGCCGUGAGAAAGUCAAUGAUGAAUUUGGUUUUCAUGCUGGUAGGAGUCGUAUAUCUCAUGGUUGGCUUCAUGAUAAAUAUCAUAAUGAAAUUUUACUAAGAAUUGGUGAAGAUACUUUUAGAAUUAAGGUUACUCCAUUAGAUGUUAGAUAUAAAAGUUAUGGUGAAGAAUCUGAUGAUGAUACAAAUGGAGAUGGAGAGAAUAGUCAAGAUAAUAAUAUUAGAAGUUGUACAUUACCUAGUUUCAGUGAAACAGAUAUAGCACCAUUAUCAAAAGAAAAUCCUAUUUAUAAAAGACAACAUGAGUAUGGUGAAAAAUUUAAAAAAGGUGUUGAUUAUUUUAUGUUUCGUACACAAUCUGUCUCUGUAGAAUAUCUUGGUUUUUGUAUAGAAAUAUUUGUUGAAAGAAUAAAUAAGGAAUCAGGAUUACUUUAUUAUUCAAAAAAAUGUACUGCCUUUGCCUUUCCAUCCUCAUUACCUGAUACAUCUGGUAAAACACAAAUACCAUUAAUGAGUAAAAAUGCUGAACCAAUUGGAAAAAUUGAAAUUGACUACUUAGUUGUUAAACCACUUCAAGCAGAAUCAUUAAUACAUAGUUUAACUAUGGAAAAAACAUUUAUUAGACAUUGGAAAAAACGUAGUACUGUUGAAGUUGGUCAUCGUGGUAUGGGGGAUUCUUAUACUAAACAUACAGCUGCCAGAGAAAAUACCAUUCAUUCAUUAAAUUCAGCUGCCGAGAAUGGUGCUGAUAUGGUUGAAUUUGAUGUUCAACUAACAAAAGAUAAAAAAGCUGUAAUUUUUCAUGAUUUCCAUGUUUUAGUUUCAGUUGCUAAGAAGAAUGGUAAUAAUAUCAAUACAGGUCAAGAAUCAUUGAAAGUAACAGAUAGUAGAAGUAGUAUAAAUAGUGAUGACAAACAAGGGACAGAUCUUUAUGAAUUGGCUGUUAAGGAUCUUACAUUACAACAAUUAAAACUUUUACAUUUAGACCAUGUUAAACAUAAAAGUAUAAAUUGGGAUAAAGAUAGUAGGGUAACUUCAAAUUCUAAUGAAUGUCAUACAAGGCAUUCAUUUCCAACAUUAACAGAAGCAUUAUUAAUGGUUGAUAAAGGUGUUGGUUUUAACAUUGAAGUUAAAUAUCCAAUUAUUCAAAUUGAUGGUGUUCAUGAAUGCUCAAAUUAUUUUGAAAGAAAUGAAUUUGUUGAUGUUAUAUUAAGUGAUGUCCUUGCAUUUGCAGGUGAUAGAAGAAUUGUAUUUUCAAGUUUUGAUCCUGAUACUUGUUUAAUGAUUUCAUUAAAACAAAAUAAAUAUCCUGUUCUUUUCUUAUCAGUUGGAAAUGAUACAAAAUAUAUGGUAUAUAAAGAUGAAAGAACACAUAGUUCUUUGAAUGCUGUUCACUUUGUUGCUGGAACAUCUUUAUUGGGAGUUAAUUUUCAUAGUGAAGAUGUAUUAAAAGAUCAAAGUAGUAUUGAGGCUGCUAAAAAUUAUGGUUUAGUGGUAUUUGUUUGGGGUGAUGAAUUAAAUGACAAGAAACAUGUUGAAUACUUUAAAAAAGUUUUAAAAGUUGAUGGAAUUAUAUAUGACAGAAUAGGUUUAGGUGAAACAAGAAGAAAUAUUUUUACUGUUGAAAAAGAAAUGAAAAAAGCUUUAUUUGAUAGAAUAGUAAAUGUUAGAAUGGAACCUUCAGAAGAAAGUUCAAAAUCUGGUGUAAAAAGUUUGCAAAAAUUUUGUUCAAUUACACUGGGUGAUCCUAUAUAUGAUAUUGAUGAAUAUAAAAAUUAUAGAAAGCAACGUGCUUGUUCUCCAGAUACCUUUCAACAACAAAAAGAAUCAAAACCAAGAGAAGUAAAAGAGUAUAGAGGAAGUAAUAGUAUAUCUUAUAGUAAACGAAAAUUAUCAUAUUCAAAAGAAAUCGGUUAG